AUGGCUCCGUCGGCGGAACACAAUGGCGACUCCUCAACCGGCGAGUCUCAAAGAUCAACUCCAACACCGUUUAUAACCAAAACUUACCAGAUCGUUGAUGAUCGUACCAUUGACGACGUCGUUUCUUGGAACGAUACUGGAACUUCCUUUGUCGUUUGGAACCCUACCGUUUUCGCCACUGAUUUUCUUCCUAAAUAUUUCAAGCACAAUAACUUCUCCAGCUUCGUCCGUCAACUCAAUACUUAUGGAUUUAAAAAAGUUGUGCCUGAUCGGUGGGAAUUCUCUAACGAAUGCUUUCGGAGAGGCGAGAAACGCCUUUUAUGUGAUAUUCAGCGACGGAAAAUCGUUUCAAAAACGCUGUCGUCAGUUACCAAUUGCGGUGCAUCUGAAACAGUAGCGGUGUCGUCUGCUUUGCAUUCGGUUUCAUUACCGACGGUAAAUCCGAUCGUAUCGGCGUCAGUUUCAGGGGUGGAGCAGGUGAUUUCUUCGGAUUCGUUGACGUUUGAGCAGACGCUAUUAGAAGAGAACGAGAGGCUUAGAAAGGAGAACAUUCAUUUAAGAAUGGAAUUAGAGGACAUGAAAUCCCUCUUCAAUAAUAUAUUCAAUCUAAUGUCUAAUUAUGCAUACUUUCAAGCGGAAAACGGUGCACAAGGAAAAGAGUGUUGCUCGACGGCAACAAAGACGCUUAAUUUACUGUCGGAGAUGCGAUACGGUGGAAAAGAUGCGGCGGCGAUGGUGGUGUAUGAUAAUUAUCCGAAGCUGUUUGGUGUGGCAAUAGGUAUGAAGCGAGCAAGAGAAGAAGAACUGUGA